AUCAGAUCCUUCCAUUACAUUCCAUUCGAUUCGAUUUGAUUCCUCUCUUCUCUCUCUCAUCCUUGUACUGAAUCGUGAUUUCGAGUGUUGUAAUGGCGGAUUUGCGCGAUGAAUACGGGAAUCCAAUCCAGCUCACCGACCAGUAUGGGAAACCGGUUCAGCUCACCGACGAGUACGGCAACCCGAUGCAUCUCAAAGGCGUCGCCACCUCCGCCGCCACCACCACGGCCGCCGUGGAGACGCAGAGGAUCGAACCUCCGCUUCAUCCUCCGCCGCCGCCGCCGCAGCCGCAUCCGCAGCUGCAAGAGCAGCUUCGCCGUUCCGGCAGCUCUAGCUCUAGCUCUAGCUCGUCGGAGGACGACGGGGAAGGAGGGAGGAGGAAGAAGAAGGGGUUGAAGGAGAAAAUAAAGGAGACGUUCGGAGCAGGAAAGCAGCACAAGGAUGAGGCCGCACACAGCACACCAACUACAACUACAACCACAGCGCAGAGCAAGACGUCGACCACCGUCCCCGGCCACGUGGCGCCGGAGCACGACAAGAAGGGCGUCGUCGAGAAGAUCAAGGAGAGACUUCCCGGCGCCCACCACCACCGCCAUACUCAAUAAAUAAAUAAUGUUAAAUAAUAAUCUCCAGUGUUUUUAUUGUUGCUGUUGCUAUUAGAUUGUUAGGGUUUUGAGUGCGCUUUUCUUAGGCGUUCGGUCGGUUCGUUCUUGCUGCUGUGUGUAUAUAUUAUUUACUAUUUUCUCUUA